AUGGAUCUUGCAAUAUCUGCCGUUACAAGUGACCUCGCCAGCCAAUUCAUCUCUUUCCUCAUGAACAAAUAUGCGGACCGUCUGUACUCGGAGCAGAAGGUGGAGAGGCUACAGCAACUCUUGUUGAGUGCUCACACGGUCGUCGAGGAGGCGGAUGGACGCCACAUCACGAACUCUUGUAUGCUCAUGCAGUUGAAGCAGCUAUCGGCAACCACGUACCAAGGGUACCAUGUCUUGGACAACAUCAGGUACAAGCAACAUAAGGAGGCAUCCAAGGACUCGGUGAGUGAUUCAUCUACGUCGUCUGAUUAUAUCAUUCCUUUCAAACGUGCUCGCACAACCAAUAGUUCUUCGGCAAACAAGGCCUCCAACUCGGGAUUACAAAGUGCACUUCAGAAUCUGGAAGCUGCUGUUACUGACAUGGUGGAGUUUGUUGUGCUCUUGAGUGGAUGCGAGCGCAUCUCCCGAAGACCGUAUGAUGCCUAUCUUCAGGUCGACAACUUCAUGUUUGGUCGGCAUGUCGAGAAGCAGAAGAUCAUCAACUUCUUGCUGCAACAGGACCUACCUGGUCCUCCGGCGGUACUACCGAUCAUUGGUGGACGUGGAGUUGGGAAGAAAACUCUUGUUGCACAUGUAUGCAGGUAUGACACGGUGCGUUCUCACUUCACAGUUAUUUUGCACCUGAGUGGAGACGAUCUUACCAGGAUGACAAACCAUGAUAUUCCGUCAGGGAAGGCACUGGUAGUUGUCGAGUUUGCUUCCGAUGUAGAUGACGAUGACUGGAAGACAUUCUAUUCAUCUGUUACAGGUAUGGAAACAGGAAGCAAAGUGAUAAUCUUAGGUCGAAAUGAAAGCUUGAAGAAACUUGGGACCGUCCAGACUAUUUCUCUGAACCGUCUAACAUUCGAGGAGUACAGGUACCUGCUCAAGACACUUGCAUUUGGAAGCGUCAAGCCGGGAGACCAUCCGCGGUUAGCGACGAUAGUGGAAGAGUUGGCUGUGGUGUUGGAAGGAUCACUCGUUUCAGCUAACUUGCUUGGAUAUGCAGUGAGAAAGAAUCUGAAUGCCCAUUUCUGGCUUAGCGCAUUGAACAAGAUCAGAAUCACAAGGAAGGUGAACAUAUCCAGGUUUGGCUGCCAUCCAAAUGGCCUUCUCGAUCAAGGCCGUCCGGUUCACUUCGGCCCUCACCACCUCUUGUCUCCUGCUGCUCCAGCUCCAUCAUGCCUUAUACCCUCUGCUAGCAGUCGGAGUAGUCUACCCAAACUGAUAUUUGGGGACUUGCUAGCAGAAGCAGGCCAUAUUGCUCCACCGAAGGGAGAUUUUAGGCUGAUCUCUUGGGAAUCAAGGCUACCACCAUACACUGUGUUUGAUCAUCUGGCUCGCUUUGUUCCAAGUUGUGUGGAUGAUAAGCCUGAAGCAUCCUUGUCAGGGAGGAAGCGUCUGGGGCCAUCUGCAUAG